AUGGGUCGACACCUGAGCCUGCGAUACGGUCAAGUGAUACUGGUCAGUGGCUACCCUGUUUUGACAGCUGUCAAUUGAUCAAAACAUUGAUAUCCAAUAUGUGAGCAUUAUCAGUUUCCCUGUGCUUCCAAACUACGCUAGAAAGUAUGAGAUUAAACGUUGUUCGCGAUCUAGUAAAACAGUUAACUGGUCAGCGGACAGCUUCCAAAUAAAUCAUGUCACCUCGAUGAGUUGACACAUGAGCCUGCGAUAUGGUCAUGGGAUACUGGUCAGUGGCUAUCCUGUUUUGACAGCUGUCAAUUGACCAUAUUGUGAACGUCGUAUAUAAAAGAUGUGGACUUGCCAAGACACGCCAGAGACACCCCUCCCUUCCUUUUGAUAGUCUCCCCUACCCCACCCGUACAAUCUGUAGAUGCGUACGUACGUAUGUCAAUCACGUGACAACCAAACGAAAAGAGGUUGACCAUAUUCCAUGAGUAUGGCACUCUGUCCCACGCACGCGAAGCGCGCGUGGGAGCCCCGCUAUUAGUAUAUAUAUUACCUGGUUCUAGACUAAUUAUUAAAUUUUAGAUUUAUUGUAAUUUAGGGCAUCGCUCUCCGGAAGAGCAUUGUAAGGAAGAGAUACCGUAGGUAAAUAAGGCUUUGAUUUGACUGAUAGGCUGAUUAGGCUAAUAAGAAACUAUAAGAAGAUCACAGGCAGGUACAUUACAGGCAGGUACAUUAAAAUGGGGAAUAGGCUAAGUUUGCGGGGACACAACAUGCCCUCUGAGUAAGCGACUACCAUAGGAAAUCCAAGGGGUGUAAAGUCAUCUCCAACUUUGAAAUUAGUCAUGUCGCAACUGGAACGGAGAUGUUUUCCCCCUUUUAGAUCUUGAAAAACAGACAGAACUGACACCAAAUAAGCAAUCGGGUUGACAAGUCGUUUACAUAACGAAAAGGAAGUUUAAUCUUCGAAGGACUCCGGGAUAAGUGGCCAAGAUUUGUUUUUAAUGCCUCCGGCCAAGCUUUGCCACCUCCGCUAAAUGAAUAUACCAAAAGUGCUAAAAAGAUUUUUAGUUUCCUAUUCAUUCUUCAGUGAAAAUGUAAUAUUUCUUGAAACCAUCAUCUUCGUUAAAGCGGAAAACAUUUCGUUUAAAGAGGCAGUCUCAUGAGUUGCGCAUGCUCGGGAGAUCGCCCUCACAACGCUCUUGUUUAUCAUUGCCGCCGUGAUGGAUUCUUCAGUAUUGUGGAAAUAUUUUGCUUGGAAUGCCUCGAUUUCUUUAGUUUAACAUUUAGAACGCGCCAAAUCGAACUCUUAUCGUUAGGUAAGAUCAUAAGGAUGUAGUUGUAAGAGCUGUUUCAGCACGAAAAGCAAAGGACACAGUAACAGAGGAUGUUCGUGCAAAGGCCAGUGCGGAGACAGUUGUAAUUCCAGUAGUAAAAAUAGGGUAAGUUGUCAUCGUAAGAAAAAUAUAACGAUUGCAUUUCUAGUUUUUCUGAAUUUCCUCUUCGUUAGAAAUCCAUGGACGGUUAUUUUUGUGCCUCUCAGGAAUCGCAAGGAGGUGCGACCACGUGGAAAUCUUGGCUUUCGCCUGGCAAGUGACACCAUGCACAAACCGAAAGAUUAUCAGAAGACGCUCAGAGUGAAGGAAAAAGACGAUGUCAAUGUGGUAUUUGGAUUUUUUUACAUUUCCAGAGACUAACGCAAUGGUGCAAUAACAUAUACAUGUGAAGGUGAAUAAAAAGUGUACUCUACAACUACAGCUGUACAUGACUUAAAGGGACUAUGUCACCCCACACGCAUGCGCGAGCCAAUGAAAACAAACUUGAAAAAGUUGGCCUGUCUUUUUCAAGUUCUGUCGGAGAUUUUGGAAGGCUGUUUUUAUCUGUCUAAAUCUCAGCCAUCGUUCGAUAGUUAGCGAAGUUUUGUAUUAAGAAUCGUUCUAUGGUGAUUACAGAAUAAUUUUUUGGCGUUAUUUUGAAAUUGUUUGCCUGUGGAAUGUUUUUACGUGGAUUUACUGUGUCCUCUUAUCAGCGGCCGUUUUAAUGGCAGAGUUAAUGACGGCUACUCCACAAUGAGUGAUGGAAUCUUUGAUGGAAUCUUCCCUAUAGUUCACAGAACCUUUCUACUUAGUUAUUUCAGAGGUUGCUGGCUCUUGGAUUUUUCUUGUGCUCAAAGUAUGUGGACAUAUAAUGAAGCGGCUAUCGAGUUGGCGGCGGCCGUUUUUGGUAAACGAUUACAUUAGCAUCAGGACAUGAGUUUCGUGACCAAACUAAACUCCUGGCGAAGGAAACAUUAUAGAAUUCGGCUAGAUUUCUUCUUGUAUUUCUCUGGAUUCACGGCAAAGAUAAACACGACCGUUUGCUCGUCCAGAUUGUUCUCAACGGACUUACAGAGGCACCUUAGUACGAGUUAGAUCCUGUAAAUGCCAUGUUUUUGAACUGUUUGUAUUCGAGCAUAUUUUUGGAAAAUAGCAGAGUUUACUUUCCCUUUUUAUCAACGGACUGCUUAUAGUGGAGUAGUAUACCAAUGAUGCUUGGUUCUGUUUUUCUCGACGUCGCAGUGAUUCGGCGCGAUCGAACAAUUUUGCGCGAUAAUGUAUGUUUCCCUAAGAUCAAAACAGAGACUUGAUGUCUCUUGUUCUAUCAGCAUCUAAAUUAUAAAAUCACUAGCGACAGACAAGUCUAAUUGUUAAUGAUUUGAAACAGUCUCGGUCUUUACCUUCGGUCUAGCGUCUUUUGUAGCUCGUUUGUAAAAUACAACUUCGAUUUAUUUUGUUGAAUAAGACAAUAUGCUGUUGUUGAAUUUUUGUUUGCGCACUAUUUUAUGAAUGGCAUGCGUUUUUACCCCAAAACUACAAGUAAAAUUGUCGUCACAAUUAUAUUCUUGAUCUAGCAUAACCAGAGAAGAAACGUUCCGUAAAUUCUAUCGAAAUUUUCCUUAUCUAAACCCAUUUCGCUUGUUAACCUCUCUAAAUUCGGAGCCUUGGACGUGACAGAGAACAUGGAGAAAGUCACGCGUUAAAAACAAUAGAAUUUUGACAGUUGAAAGUAAUUUGCAUAACCUCAGAGCGCACAUGGAGAAAGUCACGCGUUAAAAACAAUAGAGUUUUGACAGUUGGAAGUAAUUUGCAUAACCUCAGAGCGCAUGCUCACCAGCUGACAUAGCCCCUUUAAGUCAGCUGCUUUUAUAGUAUAAUGUGGAUAACUUCUUUAGCAUCUUCGGUUAGGGUAGCUGGUAGCUUAGCCUGGUUAGCUUAGCUGGCUAAACUACUAGCGGGCCAAUUUUCUUUAGCCUCUUACUUUUUUUCACUCCUCUUGAGUCACUUUGAUUCUUUUGCUUUAUCUUGGAUGUAUGUUGCAAGGUUAUAAAUAUUGUUUAUCAUGAAGACUUACUGCUCUCUAGUAUCAUUCAGAUAGAAAAGACUUCUUGGCAUUUUGGUGAUUUUUUCUUCUUUUUUUUCAGGAAUUUAUUGGAAUCUUGGAUCAUGAAAUGAAAUUGCCCAAAAUCAUGUACCCAGAUUUCUCACCACAGUUAGGGGCACAAGAGUGUUUUACCAUUCAACUUAUUGAGAACUGUUUCGGUUUUUUUUUUUACCAUCCUGUCCAGUAG